CCUGGAGCUUUUUUUUUUUUUUUGUCCUCACCUAGGCCUGGAACCAAAAAUAUUCCACUCGCCUCUGAUCAAGGCAACCACUCAUAUUUAUUAGAAGAUGAACAAUGUUGCUGAUUGUUUGGAAAGGUUUUUGAGAGAACCAUGUGUAUGUUUGUUUCUUCGUCAUUUUUUUUUGAAUUUUAUAGGCUGUAUUUAUGUAUGAUUAGUGUAAGUCGCCGUUGUAUAAAAAAAACAAAAAUCAUAAAACGGUGUAAAAGCUUUUUCAUUCUGCUUUUAGCGGACAAAACCAGCAUGCCCCGUUACCCCAUCUGCUGUAUUAUCUUCGUAGAAGGUCAUGACGAGAUAUAUUCCCCUAUUCAGAUCCUGCACCACAAAAAGAGCCCUCUUGCAAGUCCAUGCUCAUCUCCUCACCACUGGCUUCCACAGGGAUCCAUUAGCAGCCACCAAGCUCAUAGAAUCAUAUGCCAUGAUGGGCUGCAUCGAUGCUGCGAGACUGGUCUUUGACAAGUUCUCGAGGCCAGACUCUUUCAUGUGGGGUGUGAUGAUCAGAAGCUAUGCGUGGGCUCGGCUCUUCAAAGAAGUCAUGUCGCUCUAUCACGACAUGCAGAGUCGGCAGCUUUGGCUGACGUGUUUCGUCUUUCCAUCUGUUCUAAGAGCAUGCUCGGGCCUCGGUAACGUACGAAUUGGAAGAAAGAUACAUGGAAGGAUAAUCAAAGGCGGGUUUGAGUCGGACGCUGCUGUCGAGACGUCGCUGCUUCAAAUGUACGGCGGCGGAGGAGGAGGCAGCUUAGAAGAUGCUCGCCAGGUGUUCGAUGGCAUGCCAGCAAGAGAUGUGGUCGCCUGGAGUUCGAUGGUUUCGAGCUGUAUCCGAUGCAAGCGAGCCGAUAUAGGCCUUGAAAUAUUCUCAGAGAUGAAUAUGAAAAACAUCGUGCCUGAUUCAGUAACAAUGCUGGAUGUGACUCAAGCUUGUGCUGAAUUGGGAUUCCUAAAGCAAGCGAGGUCUGUUCAUGGCUAUAUUGCAAGAGGAUGGACUGCAGUAGAUGAACCUUUAGAGAAUUCGCUCAUUGCCAUGUAUGGAAGAUGUGGUUGCCUGGACUAUGCAGAGAAGCUAUUCAGGAAUGCAUCACGACGUAGUGUUGUAUCCUGGACUGCCAUGAUCUCAUGUUACAAUGAAAAAUCCUGCUAUAGAGAAGCAUUGGGUGUCUUUACCAGGAUGCUAGAAUCCGAGGUAGAGCCAAAUUCUGUAACUAUGAUGAGUGUUCUCUUCUCCUGCACUCGGUUGGGAUUCCUGAGAGAAGGGAAAUCAGUCCAUGGAUUCAUUCUCAGAAGAAGCAUGGACCCUGAAUCAAGUUCCACAGGCACGGCACUGAUAGAUAUGUAUGCCAGUUUCAGAAAGCUUGGGACUAGCUGCAAUGUGUUUGAGGCCAUACAGAAGAAAACAGCCGUCUCCUGGAACUCACUCAUUGCAGUGUGCUCGCAAAAUGGUUCUUCAAACAAGGCAUUGAGACUCUUCAUUGGGAUGCAAAAGGAAGGGCUUCCUCCGGAUUCAUUUACCCUCUCCAGCACUCUCCCUGCAUGCGGGCACGUUGGUGACUUGAGCUUGGGGUUCCAAGUCCAUGGCCUUAUUGCUAAAACAGGCUUCCAGCUCAAUAGAUUUGUUCAUAACUCCCUUAUAGAUAUGUACUGCAAAUGUGGAUCAACUGACACCGCUUACCGGAUAUUUGAGGAGAUUGAAGGGAAGGACACCGUGACGUGGAAUGCGAUGAUGAGCGGAUUUUGUCAAAAGGGUUACUCAGCAGAAGCAAUUAGACUCUUUGAUCAAAUGUAUUCGAAAGGCAUUCAGACAGAUGCGGUGACCUUUCUUAGUGCCAUUCAGGCCUGCACCCAUCUGGGUUAUCUAAGAAAGGGAAGAUGGAUUCAUCAUAAGCUUAUAACUUCUGGUUCAAAGAAGGAUAUCCAGUUAGAAACAGCUCUCAUCAGCUUGUAUGCAAAGUGUGGAGAUUUAUACAUGGCUAGAAAAGUUUUUGAUAACAUUUCCCAGAAGAAUGUAGUGUCGUGGAGUUCGAUCAUCUCUGGCUAUGGAGUGCAUGGCCUAGCAGAAGAUGCUCUAGCUCUCUUCUCUCAAAUGGUGGCAUCGGGGAUAAGACCGAAUGAAGUAACAUUCAUGAGCAUUCUUUCUGCCUGCGGUCAUGCCGGAUUAGUGGAAGAAGGAUUGUUCUAUUUUGAUUUGAUGAGGCAGGAGUUUGGCGUAGAGCCUCAAUUAGAGCACUAUGCCUGUGUGGUUGACCUUCUAAGCCGUGCUGGUGACGUGGAUAGAGCUUACAAAUUCAUCAAGUCAAUGCUGGUGGAACCAGAUGCCAGCAUCUGGCGUUCUUUGCUUAAUGGUUGCGGUUUUCAUCAUAGAGAAAAUAUUGUAGGCAACAGACAGAGAAGAAUCAAUAAUUCUUCUUCAUCAGUGUGCAUUAUUGGCUAAGAAAGUCGCAUACUGUAAAAAUUACCAGAGAGAUGAUAAAAAGGAUCCUCAGAGAUAAACAAUGAUCGAUCUCUUUUCUUUCUUUCUAUA